CUAAGGGGGAACUCAGAUGCGGCGGCCUCGCUAGAGCCUAGAACAGAGGAGAGCUGAAGGGGACCAUGUGACACUCCUCCUGACCCCCCCUGGACCCACACAGGAACCAGAGGCCUCAGAUGAGGAAACUGAGGCCUGGAGAGGACCGGGAAGCUGUCCAAGACUCCUUGCACAUGCACCAAUGCCUGACUUUCUCCUUCUCACUCCUCUCAUAGUGACUCCCAGCCAACCCUAUAAGAGAAAACAUAAGGGAACUGGCUUUGCCUGCUGAAUUUGAUUUUUAUUCAAAGCCCUGGGUUCAUGCUCAGCUUUCCCGGGUCUUCAUGGACGUGUUCAGCCAAGGCCAUUAUUUCUGGGCUCUCACAGGGUCUCUGGGCAAAUCGUGUCCUGCUUUUGACCUGGUGCCAGCUGCCUGAUCGGGACAGCAGGGCUGGAAGGGCUGGAGCCAUUGAGGCUUGCCAUCACCCGCUUUACCGAGGAGCUAACUGAGGCAGCAGCCUUGGAGUUAUGGCCAGUCCUGAGCACCCUGGAAGCCCUGGAUGGAUGGGACCCAUUGCCCAGUGCGCGACAGGGACUGAGCAGGAAGCAGCAGCCACUGGCCCAGACCUCCCAUGUCCAGGACCUGAUGAACACUUAGACAGACCCAGCCAUCUCCCCGAGUGCACCGAGCCGGUGCAAGUGCUUAAGGGUGCCGUCCCUCCAGACACCCCCGGCGGCCCCAGCCCCAACUCCAGCAUGACCACCGGGGAGCUGCAGGAGUACUGGCGGAAGGAGAAGCGCGGCUGGAGGCGCGUCAAGCUGCUCUUUGAGGUCGCGUCGGCCCGCAUCGAGGAGAGAAAAGUCUCCAAGUUCGUGAUGUACCAAAUCGUCGUCAUCCAGACAGGGAGUUUUGACAGCAACAAAGCCGUGCUGGAGCGGCGCUAUUCAGACUUUGAGACGCUCCAGAAAAACCUCCUCAAGACGUUCAGGGAAGAGAUCGAGGACGUCGUCUUCCCCAAGAAGCACCUGAUGGGCAACUUCACGGAGGAGAUGAUCUCCGAGCGCAAGUUGGCCUUCAAGGAGUACCUGAGCCUGCUCUACGCCAUCCGCUGCGUGCGGCGGUCCCGCGAGUUCAUCGAUUUCCUAACCCGGCCGGAGCUCAGGGAGGCCUUUGGCUGCCUGCGAGGCGGUCAGUACACCAGGGCCCUGGACAUCCUGGUGCGCGUGGUGCCCCUGCAGGAGAAGCUGACCGCCCACUGCCCCGUAAUGGUGGUCCCCGCCCUCUGUGCCAUGCUGGUGUGCCACCGUGACCUUGAACGCCCUGCUGAAGCCUUUGCGGUGGGUGAGAGGGCCCUCCAGUGCUUGCAAGCCCGGGAGGGCCAUCGCUACUACGCCCCCCUGCUGGACGCCAUGAUCCGCCUGGCCUACACGCUAGGCAGAGACUUCAUUUCGCUGCAGAAAAGGCUGCAGGAGAGCCAGCUCCGGAAGCCCACCCCCUGGGGCCUCACCCUGAAGGAACUCACCGUGCGGGAAUAUCUGUACUGAGCCCCUCCGGCAGGCGGGCUGGAGACUUGGGGUCACCGCUGCUCGGUGGGCGGUUUGGGGUUCACAUUUUAGUGGGCAGAGCCACGUUGGACCCUAGGUUGCUGGGUGACCUUGGACAAGUCCUUCCUCUGGCCCUCCGUUUCCCCAUCUUUGUUGAACAGAGGUCCCUCGGGGCAUCCCUGGAAGCCUCCGCUCGAGUCCUGUGUCCCUUUGAUGCCAGGUUCACCUCAUCUCAAAACCACGAACCCAGCAGCUGCCCAAAUGCCAGAGAGUGAGAUCCAUCUUUCUGGUGCUUUUGCAGGUAGCUGGAGGGGAGGUUGACAUUGCACGCCACGGACAGAGCUUAACCCAUCUCGUACAACAGCUCUCUCCAGCUGUCCUCUCUUUCCUCUCUGCUCCUUCUCCCCGACCUUGCCUGCAGAUAUCCCCACCGUUAUCCUAAAUAUUCCAGCUCUUCCCUCUUAGCGUGUAAACCUGACUCGCAAAACAAAAGCUCAUCCACUGCUCCUCAAGGCCAACUUUGUCCCUAAGAUGGGGUGUAUGGGACGCUUUGAAGGGCGGAGGGACACUGGGCUAGAACGUAAUCAUGUCAUAAGAUUCUAUGAAACGAGGCAUUUUUAGGAAGGGAAGUUGCCCACGAUUCUCUGGUUAGGAUUAUGCAACUCGUUGCCGGGUUGGGUUUUCAUUUAUGGGCAACUGGCCCCCAAACAGGCUCCCUGAGUUAUGUAGACACAGCCCUGAAGGGAGGUGGGGUGAUACACAGUGGGACCUCUGGGUAGGACACUGAUUGAAUGCUUAACACCUCCCCAUUGAGGACCAAUGUUCUUGGAACCUCUGUGCCGGAUGGGGAUGCCCUUGGCCGAAGUCUGCUUUCAGGAGAGGACACCGAGAGCCCAGAGUGGAGGGGAGUCUGGACCCAGAACCCAGGCUCGACACUGGUCCUGAAGCUGAUGGUACAGGCUGGUUUGGGCCAAUGUGUGUUUGCGGCUAGAAGUCCCUGGAGACCUAAACCAUCUGCUUGAACUUAUCAGAGCAAAAGAAAGAGGCUGUAACCUGGACCCGUAAUGUGGGGCACCAGCCUGGCCCGUGCGAGGAUCUGGCUCCGCACGGGGAUCACAGUGGCCGUGGACGGGCAUCCGCCAAGCUGCACCGGAACGUGUUCAACCGCGACACCGUGUGGCGGCAGCUGUAGCGGCCCGAUCAGGCUCUGGCCUCGAGGCUAGAAACAUCUGAUGAUACCUGGGGACAGAGAAAGCUUCAAGUCCCUCAAUUUACGCAGGGAGGACACUUUGAAUGGGAGAUGCCAGGCUUCUCGAAAAUCUGGGCGUGUGGGAAAUUACAGUGUUAAGUGGAAAUGCAAAGGGCCGUGACUCUACCUGUCGUGCUGAAGAAGACCGUACUGAUGUCGUGAGUCAUUUCGUCCAAUGGGAAAUGCCAUCAACUAUAAGGUGCACCAGAUAUUCACUCAGAAGGAAAAUAUGGCCAACACGGGGAGUGUGAUAGGAGUUUCCAGCAAGAAGCUGGGAGAGCAAAGACUUAGCUCCCAAUGUAAGAAACCUGCUUGGGAGAAAGGACGAUCAGGAAAUGCGAGAAUCAAAUUUGGCACCAGGUGGGGGGUGGCAGUCUUCCUCCUAGAACUUGAACUGUGAGCGUUAGGGUCUGAACACAUACAAUGUGGUCCAAAAUACUUCAUGCAGAGAGGUCACCGUGAAGUGGCCUCAGAGGCAGGUGCUCUAGGUCCCCGACACCUCAGAAAGUAGGUUCUCUCUGAGGGAAGUCAACAUCGAGUCAGGCCAACAGAGAGUGUAAGGUGCCAUUGACAGAGGUGCUGAAAUGUGGGAUGGGGGGCAGAAUGUGUCUCAAAAUCACAUAUAUAUGUGUGUAGUAUAGAGGGAGAAAUUUUUUAAAAA